CCGUCGGAUGCGGCCACAGAAUCCGUGAAACUGUGCGAAAACUUGCACGCAUUGGUGGUUUGGGGCGCAGUAGAAUCGCAUUUAUAAAUAGAAGAAGCCAAAAAACUAACAAUUUGCGAAAUUUCUAUGGAAUUGUGCUUAUGGGGCUUUGAACAAUGCAGGCAGUGACAGUUUCUGCAAAUGAAUUUAUAAUUAAGUUCAUAGGUUUUAUAGAGGAAAUCGUUUAUUAAAGCGUAAUUUGCAUAAUUUGCCUAAUCAUGGUGAAUGAAAUACAAAAAAGUUCAGUGAUGUGAACAGUUCUAAUUGAUAAUAUACGCAUAUUUGUAUAAAAAACUAAAUUCUAACAAAAACUACAACUCUACGUACGCGAGCUACAAAUCAGCAUCAAAAUGUCUAAAAAACCUCGAGGGCAUAUACACAAAAUACGGGAAUUCGAGUUGGAAAAGAUACAUUUGGUGGAUGAGUUCGACAUCAUACAGAUUGUGGGAGAGGGCUGGUUCGGCAAAAUUUUGCUUGUCGAGCAUCGGGGCUCCCAGACGGAAAUGGUGCUUAAGGCGGUCCCAAAACCCUAUGUCACAUUGCGUGAUUUUUAUCGUGAAUUCCACUAUGGACUGCACCUGGGAGUGCACCGGCACAUUGUAACCACGUAUGAUGUGGCCUUCGAAACUGCCGGCUUUUAUGUUUUUACGCAGGAAUAUGCGCCGCUCGGUGAUCUAACGUCAAAUGUAACCGAGACGGGCGUAGGGGAGGUGUACAGCAAACGCGUAGCUAAACAGUUAGCUUCGGCCAUAGAUUACAUGCAUUCAAAAGACAUUGUGCAUCGCGAUAUCAAGCUAGAUAAUGUGCUUAUAUACCGGUCGGAUUUUCAACGUGUUAAGCUUUGCGAUUUCGGUGAGUCGUUCCAAGCUGGCACCGUUGUUGAGCGGCGCAACGAAUGGCUGCCUUACAGUCCACCAGAAGUAUUAGAGGUAAAGCCGGAGGGUACCUAUAAAGCCGAUCCUAGUCACGAUGUAUGGCAAUUUGGUAUUGUCCUCUUUGUAUGCCUUACUGGUUGUUUACCGUGGCAGAAGGCCGCUGCUGACGAUCCUCGCUAUGUGCGCUAUAUAUCCUGGCAGGCUAGCAUAAUGAUGAUCAGACGCACUCCCAAGCUGUUUAAGUUGCUUACUACGCGUGCUCAACGCAUGUUUAAGCGCUUCUUGGAGCCCCGCGCAGAUCGUCGGCCAAAGAGUCUGGGUGACUUGACCAAGUUUGUGGACGACCGCUGGCUCGCGAAAACGGCAGAAAAGGAAAUGGCCGAAUACGAGACGGACGAACUGUGUCCCUCUAUGUAUUCAUUUCACAGUAGCCCUGAUGAGAAGAACCGCUUGCUGUAUACUUUGGCCGAUUGCGGGAUCGAGACAAAUGUUGAUCGACAGCUUAAGAAGAAUCGCAUCAGAGACUGGAUAGAAUCCUCUAUAAUUACAGAAGAAGAUGAGGAGGAAAACGAGGAGACAAACUCUGCUUCACCGCCCUCAUCAAUAUCUCGCGGGCCCGUUCCCGGCCAUAUCUCCUCCAUACGUCAGCCACCACCCCCUGAGAAGCCCAAAGAGAUCAAAAACACCCUGAAAGAUGCAACACAGAAGCACUUUGAUCCACGCACGGGGGCACUGCAACAAGGUCCCAGCGAAAUGGGCAUGGCCACACACUCGAAUUACAGCACUACAUCCACACUCAACAAUGCUGACAGUUUACUUACACUAGGCUCCCGACAGGACCUCCUCGCCAGCAACUUGACCAUGUACAACUCGAUGGAUGUGGAACUGAAUCGGCUAGGUGAGCAGGCCAGGUCGCAAUCAAGCGUUGGCAUCCUUAAUCAGUCGCUAAGCAGCGGAAAUUUGCUACUAACUGACCAUGAUGCGUCACCACUGCUACUGACACCCAAUCCGCCAAUGGGCGCGUUUCCGUCACCGCCACUCACUUCCCCAAAGAACUCGAUUGGAGUAGGCACCCGCGGCUCAACUAAAAGCAUUCUGCAGCGUUCCAAGUCCGAUUCCGUGCAGGCGGCAAUGUAUGCCAGCAUGCCAGCCAUUGACAGCACGAGCAGCAGCUCCGCCGUCUAUGCCACUUUUAACACCAAUAACCUAGGCAGGCAGCAGCUGCUGCAGCAACAACAAAUUCAGAGCGGUUAUGCGCCUAAUGGCAGCUCCUUCUUUGUGGCGCCACCAAUAAUAGAUAACAGCACCAAACCUAAUCACAAUGCAAAAACGGUGACGUUCACUGGCUUGACUAACGCCUUCCAAACGCUUGCACAAGUUCCCCUGCUGUCCAAAGCCAGUACGGCUGUUUCGUCUACCAACUAUUUUAAUCAUCAACAAAAUGAUUCUCAAGUCAAAGACAGCGCUUACGGAUCAACAGAUGUGAGCGAAGCGAACAGAAGCUCCAUGGCACGCCAGACCAUGACAGGCAGCGCGCAUAACGACAAUGGCAUCCGGCAGCAGUACAGCGCCAAGGACACGGCCUACGACCGCGUAGUGGUCACCAACAGCAACAGCGCCCGCAAGCGAAGAUAACUCAUGCAUCGCUGUCCCAAGUGCACAAAUCUAUUUUUCGUGCAUUAACAUGAUUUGCGAGUUCCAAUAAACUUAACUAAACUUAUAUAUAUACAUUUCUUAAAA